AUGAACUUAAACGGCCUGAUUAUGCUCUCUCUAGACGUCUCAUCGCUGUUUACAAACGUACCGGUCACAGAGACAGUAGACUUCAUCUGCGAAUUCUUAGUGGCCAAUCAGAUAGAGGUAGGAAUACCAACUGCUGCAUUAAAGAAACUACUAAUAAAAUGCACAUUAAAUGUGCAGUUCCUUUUUGACAAUCACCUAUUUAAAAAACUAGACGGCGUCAUUGUGGGCUCACCUCUCGGACCUCUCUUGGCUUACAUCUUCAUGGGCAAGCUGGAGAAAUCGCAACUCAGCAAACAGAUCCAUGAGUUAAAACGCUAUGGUCGAUAG